AAAAGUGAUGUGUAGUGGAUACGCUUCAAUAGCAGAAGCAUCCCCUGUUUUUACAAUGUAACUGGGACAAAACCACUGACGCCAUGACAACCAGUUGUUGCAUGACAACCAAACAUGACCCCAUGGACAGAGCAGACCGCUGGGUAUCUAGCCUGCAAAUAAUCCAAAUGUAACAGAGCAAAAAUGAUGCAAAAAAGUGAAGCAGCUGCAGGAGGGCCACAGCAUGGACAAAGGAUGAUUUUUACAGGCCCAGAUGGAAUUGGAGACUACAGGCCGAGAUCAAAUUAUUUCCCCCGGUACAUUGGUGUGGGCACCUCAUCACCUGAGGCCACAGGUGACCUCAGCUACUUAUGCCGAGCUGCACCACAUGCCCCCCCUCCUAUGCCCAAGCACAGCCAUGUGGGGGAGGUUGGCUGGGGCUGGCAGUAUAACCAGCUGUUGAACAGCGAGACACUGCACAGCAAUAUGCAAAUUAAGAAAACUGAAUUACGGACAGCAUUGGAGGACAGAGUGACUCACAGGUUCCAGAGCAAACAAACGAACAUGACGGAUGACUCAGUCCAAGUCAACACCAAGUUUCACAGAGACAGUCAGAGCUAACAGCAGAUGGCAUUCUGCUACCCACGGCAGCUGGAGGACCUGACUGUUAAUUAGAUGUGUUGCGUUUGAUUAAACAUCUUUUAAUCCCCGUAACAUGUUGACUUUUCAACAGCUUCAUUUUUUUCACACCCUCCAGGCUGAAUAAUUCAGGAAAAAUUCACACAUUUUCAUUUUCAUUCCAAGUAUAGACUCAAUUGCACAAUUCUACAUACCUGUGAAAGUUCAUGGCAAGUUUAUGACUCAACAAUAUAAAUUCUGAACUAGAGCACAUCUGAAAAUAUGAACUGGGCAAACAAGGGUUGAAUUGUCUCUUUGUCAAAGUUUUCACAAUCUCCUCGAAGCAGUGUAACAUGUCAGAUAUGACAGUGAUUCCUCAAACUGAAGAUACUCUCUAAAAAUAACAGCCAAGUUGGUGUUUAUCAGAGAUCAUUCUUUGCUCUCAUGGGGUCACAGAUAAAGACUUUUGAUUCCUGUAUGAGGAGGUAAUACAUCCCCACGGCUAUAGCAAUCAUAUCCACUUAUGUCUGGUGUAGAUAACGGUAGAGAUUGUUUACCACAAGAGAAACCACCAGUUUUCAUUUAAUGAGCCACACAGACAUCCAUUUCUCGAGGUCAGCUGCAAUUUGCUGGAAACACCAUCACUACAAUAGGCUGCCCUCAAUCUGACACCCACCUGAAGGCAUAUUGUGGUUGAAUUUUGUUGAGAAAGAACAUUGUAUGCAUUUACAAGACAAUCUGAGUGCAUGCCACGUGGAGUCAGGGUGGAAAGCAGAGUCAAAAGCUUCAUAAAUCAGCAGUGGAUCCAUAGUGGUUGCCGUUAGUUCAGGGAUCUUUGAAUCCCCAGUUAAGAAAAGCUUAAUCAGUAUUUCCCCAGUGGUUCUCAACCUUUUUGGCUUGUGGCCACUAAAACAUUGUCCAUGUGUGGCCCAUUAUCACCUGCUGAAUAUGUUUAUAUAUUAGGACUAAGUCAACAAAAUAGUUUUUUUUCUCCUGUUUUAUCUGAGUCCUGAAGAGGUAGAAUUAUCCAGCAUUUAUAAAUAAAAAAAAACUAAGAUUAGAGAAAUGCCUUAAGAAAGACAUAUGUGUGUAAUGUAAUGUAAUGUGUGUAAUGUUGUACAACAUUAAUGUUCUUUUACCCUCCACCUACACAAAUGAAGCAUAACAACAUCUCACAUAGGGUGGCUUGGGACAAAAUCUUUUCAAACAGAGUCUCAUUAGAAAUGGACUGUCUAUACAGUCCAUGGCAUAACAUUUUAGAAUAGCUUAUAGAGCAAGAAAUGUAUCAAGGUUAGCAGUCAUUAUUGUAUGAUAACAGGCAAAAACUGUUUGUAAAGUAUUCAAUUAGCUGGAUCUGCCAAAAACAAACUUUUCCUGUCUGUUCAUUUAAUCCACAAACAGUUUCUCAAUUGUUUUUGAUUAAAAUGUAUGUAUCACAUUAUACUGUAUAUUGAUAUUAUAAUAAAAAUGACAUAGCGUAACUGUAAUAAAGGACUGUAUCCAUUUUGCUAACUCCUGCUUUAACUGGAAACAAUUAAUGUGCACCAAAAAAUUACUCCAUUUUUUACUUUACUGUGAAUUUUAUUUUGCAUGACCGGAAGUUGUAUUGAAGCGCACAAUCGUAUGCGUACAAUUACGCAUUAGGAUAUAUACUGUGAAAAAAAGGAAAAUUAAAUUAAAACGUUUUGGGUUUGAAACUCAAA